AUGUUGGUGUUGUUAGUUGCAGAAAGGACUGAGAAGCAGAAGGAGCUCGAGGUGAGACGACUAAACAUCCAGCAGAGAAUCCAGGAGCGAGAGAAAGAUGUGAAGCUGCUUCAACAGGAGGUGGAGGCCAUCAAUGGCUCUGCUGAUAAAGCAGUGGAGGACAGUGAGAAGAUGUUCACUGAGCUGAUCCGUCUCAUCCAGAAAAGAAGCUCUGAUGUGAAGCAGCAGGUCAGAUCCCAGCAGGAAACUGAAGUGAGUCGAGUCAAAGAGCUUCAGGAGAAGCUGGAGCAGGAGAUCGCUGAGCUGAAGAGGAAAGACGGCGAGCUGGAGCAGCUCUCACACACAGAGGAUCACAACCAGUUUCUACACAACUACCCCUCACUGUCAGCACUCAGUGAGUCUACACACUCAUCCAGCAUCAAUAUUCAUCCUCUGAGCUACUUUGAGGAUGUGACAGCAGCUGUGUCAGAGACCAGAGAUAAACUACAGGACAUUCUGAGGGAGGAAUGGACAAACAUCUCACUGACAGUCACUGAAGAGGAUGUUUUACUGUCACCACAAGAGCCAAAGACCAGAGCUGGAUUCUUAAAAUAUUCAUAUGAAAUCACACUGGAUCCAAACACAGCACACAGAGAAUUGUUAUUAUCUGAAGGGAACAGAAAAGUGACAUUAAUGAGACAAAAACAGACUUACUCUAAUCAUCCAGACAGAUUCACUGAUUAUUAUCAAGUCCUGAGUAGAGAGAGUCUGACUGGACGUUGUUACUGGGAGGUGGAGUGGCGAGGGGGUGGAGUUGAUGCAGCAGUCGCAUACAAGAAUAUUAGCAGAGCAGGAGAGUCAGAUGAAUGUGGAUUUGGAUUUAAUGACAAGUCUUGGUUAUUGAGCUGUGACAGAAAAAGUUGCAAAUUUUUGUACAAGAAAGUCCACACUGACCUCUCAGGUCCUCGGUCCUCCAGAGUAGGAGUGUACCUGGAUCACAGAGCAGGUAUUCUGUCUUUCUACAGCGUCUCUGAAACCAUGACUCUCCUCCACAGAGUCCAGACCACAUUCACUCAGCCGCUCUAUGCUGGACUUGGUCUUUUUAUUGAUCAUGGAGACACUGCAGAGAUAUUAAACUGAAAUAGACAGAAGUCACUAAGGGACAGUUAGUUCCUGUUUCUUUGGUCUCCAUCAUUGUUGUCAACAGUGAUGGAGAUUUUGAAAAGAGGUCAGAGUGGCACCAGAAGGUUUUUCUAAAGUAAAUUCUGCUAGACCGAAAACAAUUUCUAAUUAGCUUGUAUGGAGAAGAUCAUAAAAUCUAAUAAAAAUGAACAAACAUUAAUGAACCACAGUUUUUAUAUCAAGAAGACACUAGUAUUAUAAAUAUAAUUGUUUUAUUAUGAAUAGUAUUGUUUAAGCUCACAGAUCAAAUGUUACACUCUGAAUAAGACUUUUAAUUUCAGUCCUUCCAGAACACAAAGUCACACGUAUUCUACUAGAGAAGAUGUGGAUUUUAUAGAAACUCAAUUUUGAAGACUUGCUUAAUGUAAACCCUCCUGUGUGAAGUUUGGUACAUGUUUGAACUGAUACAUGCUGAUUUUCUCUCUUUUUUUGUUGUUAAUUUUUGUGUUUUAACACAGAGGAGUUAAUUGGUUAUUUGAAGAAAUAUUGAAAUGAAAAUCUUGAUUUGAAUCAUCUGCUGCUGUGGCGUAUGUAACUCAUUACUGGUAUUUUUUUUUUAUAUAUCAGGUGUGGCUAUAACUCAGACUUUCUGCUGGUCUGUUUUCUGUGUUCUUAUCCCUAACCUUAACCACAACCUUAAUCAUGUUAGAUAGUGUUUUCCAAAGCGAUUCAUUAUUUAAAAAAAAAAAAAAAAAGUAAAAUAAAUGUACAUGUGUAGAUUCAGUCCAAAUGAUUCUCAUGUUCUCUCCUGUUUCUGAACGCAUAAUAUAGAGACGUGUUGAGUGGCCGAAAGCGUAACAUACCAACGAUUUGUCUCAUAGCGUAGUAUGUUACAUUUUGGGAUGAGAACAUGUUGGAAAAACCAGCAGAAGCCACAAUGUAGUGUUUCUGACAUGUGAUCGGGUGAGCAGCCUACAGCCCGCCUCCAAAGUCUCCCAGUGAUUACGCAGAUGAGAAAACUGAUGUGUUUGUCAGAGAGUACAAAGGUGUUCAACCAUGAACUCAGCACAACAAGUGAAACACACACACACACACACACACACACACACACACACACACUCUAAAACCUGAUCUGACUCAUGCAGAUGAUUCAGUAUCUUUCUGUGUCCUUCCUGUUUAGCUGCUUUUGGACGUAUCCUGAUUCUCUUUCUCUGCUUUGGUUAAGCAAACAGGUUUGAUUCGUUGGUCAUGAGUGACGUGUUUAGCAAAAACAAACAAAAAUAUGUUGUUGGAGAUUGUCCCUCAUUUACAAAUUUCCUCUGGCUGCAGAAGUUGAAGGAGAGACUGUCACUGCGUGCUUGUAUGAUUUUUUUUUUUCGCCAGAUGACCGUUAUAUCCAGGACUUUUAUGGUUACAGUAGUUGCUUUAUCUUAUCAUAGAUAGAUUUGUUUGGUUGUAGUUCCAGUGUCAACAGUAGUAGCAGAUGUUACUAUAUUUGAAAUGAUUAACUUAGCUGCAGAAGUUGCUGUGGUUUUAGGCUUGUUUAGUUACAGUCACUCUUUGCUGCUGGUGUGGCUGUAGUUUUAGUUCUAAAUUUAGUUGCAGUAGUUCUUGUGUCAUAUAGCAGAUGUUGUUAUACUUGGAGUAGCAGAGUUGCAGACAUUGCUAUGACUAAUAGCAGAUAUCGCUGCAGUCUCCUUCCUUCAUUUGUUACAGAAUUAUCCAUGCUUUCCUUUACUAGCUUUACUUCCUUUACAAAUUUACUAGCAUCAGUUAUAUUUUCAGCCACUGAUUUAAUUCCUGAAGUCAACAUGCUUUCCUGCAGAUGAUACUGUAGUUUCAGUCAUUCAUUACAGGAGAUGUUGUAGUCUGAGGUUUGUUUAGUUGCAAAAGUAGACAAUACUUAUAGCAGCUAUUGUUUCAUUGAUCCGUUAAGUUACAGAAUUCUUCAUUGUUUUCUGCUGAUGUUCUUAUAGUUUUAGUCACUGGUUGAGUUGCAGAAGCAGCCAUUCUUUUCUGCAGAUGUUGUGGUAUCCGUCUGUCCUUCCUUCCUUCCUUCCUUCCUUCCUCUUCCGCUUAUCCAGGCCUAAACAGAGAAACCCAGACCUCCUUCUCCCUAACCACCUCCUCCAACUUGUCCAGGGGGACACCAAGGUGUUCCCAGGCCACUCUCCAGUGUGUCCUGGGUCUGCCCCAGGGCCUCCUCUCGGUAGGACAUGCUGGGAACCAACACGUUCUCACUCCCAACUCGUCAAACGUGUGACGCAUGGUCAGGCUCCCUCUGCUUCACUUAUGGACGCGCAGGGUACCCCCUCGCGUCGGGAAUUGACGUGAAGGGUCCUCCGAUUGAAUACUAUACUGCUCCUUAAACGUUGUAUAUUGACGACAAGAGAUUGCCGCGGAAGUGCCUGUUGUCGGUAUAUUUAGACAUUUUCCAAAUCACAUUGUAACGACCUAUACUGAACACAAUAAAUUAUAUAAUGCAGGCAACUAUCUGAGAGAAAAUUACUGCAGCUAAAACUAAUUACAGGCUGUUAUUUUUGUAUCGGUUAUUGCAUUGAUGGAGUGAGUGAUGUAUGCUGGGUAAUGGCACAGCUAGCGAUUGGGUGAAUUUAUUGCACCGGUUUUAUAAACUGUUCUACAAUCCUUUUCAUAUUUGGAAGUCCAUUUACAUUUUUAACCUGUCGAUCAUUCUGCUACAGCUGUAACAUAUCUUCUCCAACUCCUCUGAAUACAUGCAGUCAUUUUACCGUCUGCUUUGGCUAAUCACGCUUUUAUGUAUUAAAUAAAAUAAAAUUAAACAAAUAAAAAAGAACAGCUUUUUUAUUAGGCAAAAACAUUUUCAGUGCUGUUAAAGAAUUCACAGCGACUCACUUGUUUAUUUUUGAGAAAGUUUAUUUUUUUAUCAUAUUAGAUGAGCGGCAGUGACGUCACCGUACUCGAUCGUACCACAGCAUGCAUUUUGUCCUGUCUUCCUCAACU